AGCGACUCUCACCGCCAGUCUUCGUCGGGUCGGGUCGAGUCGGGCAGCACAUCGCUGCCCUCUGUUAUAAUCCCGCCCAUGUCUUUCUCUUCAUCACCACUCACAGAAGCCACCGGUGCGAGCAAUCAUCUCCAAAUGUCUAACACUCAUCUCGAGGUUCGCUUCGACGAGGAGUGUGUUCUCAUACCCGACAAUAUCACCCGCUCGCGCAUCCCACUACCCAGAUUUGUAUCCAAAUCCUAUUCUGUGCCCCUUUGGAAGAGGAGAGGCAACAUCAGCCCGGAUGCUACGCCACCUAAUGGGCAACCUUCUUCCCCUCCGAGCCAGUCUGCGGUGGAUGAGCCCGACCAUUUUUCCCUCACCGUAGCCAUACCUAGGCUAUCUAUGAGGUCACCCUCUCCAGGUCGUUCUGGUCUCUUCGACGAACACCACCCACCUUCCCCUUGUCUCAUUCAUCGCGAUCCGUCGUCUCCACCUCUGCAUCGCCCCCGUCGCCCGUCUUUACCGACAGCCACUCGCCAUGACCUCGCGACCGUACCGCUGAGGCCAUGCUGCGUUGAUUGCGUCUCUAUCACCGAACAAUCUCUCGCCGAAGGUGAUAACUGGACGGAGCACUUUACUCGCGCGGCGAGAAAAAAACGUAGCCUCAGUGUGGACGCUCCCCCUCAUGCGCGUAGAAGAGUUCACACUCACCAUCUGUGCCACGAUAUGAGCAUCAUCGGGUUGACCAAGGCAGCGCACGACAUCCGCAGUACCGAUACCUCGGACGUCAUAGAUGAGCCGCAAGGGUUUUUGACUGUCUCUGUCGACGAGGUGGAUCGCGUCAAGGGGAUCAGAGCUGAGGACGAGCUGAAGGCGCCCAAGCCGCCCAGCGAUGAGAGCACGGAGUCGGACGACAGCAACGAUCAAGCCGUGGGUGAAAGCCCAGAGGAUGGGCCCGCUGAGCUUCACCUUCCACCAUUGAUAUCCCGCUCUCGACCCGUGCUCUCUCCGAUCCCUAGCACAAAUGCCUCAGUCGACGACCUGUUCCAUCCCCGCUUGCCUCGAGAGCAGGCAGACUCAAUAUCUACGACACCUUCCCACCCUCAGGACAUGAUCUCGACAUCUUUACCCUCAGAACCAAAUCCUUUCUUCUCGCUCCCAACCCUUGAUUCCUCUCCGAUCCCUACCGUCUCAAGCCCUCGGACCCCUUCGGAAUCCACUGUAUCGUCAUCGCCAAAUAUCGGGUCGCCGACUCAGUCACCAUCUACGUCUCCGAAAAUACGUAUACAUCUGCCCAGUCGAGCGUCAUUCCUACGAGCAGGGUCGGAGGUCCUUCGCAGCGUCACUGCUUUCGGCUCACCCGGAGUGGGCGUACGCUGAGAACAACUAAACGACGUCUUCAUUUACUGUAUCUUUUUUGACUUUUCUUCCACCCUCUCCUUUGCUCGCUGCUGUGCCGUCUUUCGCUUUCCGCUGCCUUCACGCCUUCCAUCCACAAAUCGCAUAGCAUCUCUUUCGACUCGUCUAAAUGGGCAUGCCAACCACUUUACUUGCCCAGAAUACGCCAUUUCCUCGAAUUCUUUACUACCUUUUCCUCUGUACUUUAUAUCACGAAUGCGCUCUGUUGUUCUUGCUCGCAGUCUCAUCUUCACGUUCUCAUUUGGUCGUUUGGUUGUUGGGUGAUAUAUGGAGAUGUUGUAUGUACAGUAUCGUGUCGGUUUCGUUGUCGUUUCUAUAUAUUCAGUACGUGCCUCGUUUCGAGCAGCUCACUACGAGUCCAAGCCAGCCCGAACCACGCACUAAUCCAUGGUCGGAUCCCCUGCAAGUUCCCCAUUCUCAAGGAAUGCAAAGUCAAAGUAGGGAUCCACCACUGUCGCCCACUUGGCAUCUUCAAUGCCAUUAAACUUCAACCACUCCUUCGACUCUGCGCCCGGUCCCGUCACAGGCUCCUCGAUCGACUUCACAUACAUGGGGUGCAUGUCCAGGACGACUCUCCGGUCGCUGGCGAUGAUGAUCCAGUUUUGCGCGGGUUCGUUGGGCAUCCCGCGAGGGUGGAGGACGGGGAUGGCGUAGACACCGUAGAUUCCCUUGGACUGCCACGAGUUGUUCAACAUGUGGGUGUGUGAUGCGGAUUGGAUGUCGAGGCCGCGGCGCUUGCCUAUGGCGAUGAGUUGCUCUACG